GGGCGUGGAGGUUUGUGUGCACAUCCCUCCCUCCUCCGGGCCUCGGGUGUCCCCGUGACGAGGCUGCACCGAGCAGCCGCGGGCCGGGCCCAUCCCGCCGCGGCAGUCCCGGGGCGCAGUAGAGAAUGGUGCUGGAAGGAAACCCUGACGUGGGAUCCCCCCGGACCUCAGACCUCCAGCACCCGGGGAGCCAGGGCUCUUGCAUCCUGUCUUGUCCUGGUGAAGAAGCACUGGCAGGCGAGGAGCCCAUCAAGUAUGGUGAACUCAUCGUUCUGGGCUACAAUGGGUGUCUGGCAAGUGGAGACAAGGGCCGCCGCCGAAGCCGCCUGGCACUGAGCCGCCGGCCACAUGCCAACGGAGUGAAGCCAGAUGUCAUGCACCACAUCUCCACACCACUCGUCUCCAAGGCCCUGAGUAACCGAGGCCAGCACAGCAUCUCAUUCACACUGUCCCGGAGUCACUCAGUCAUAGUGGAGUACACACAUGACAGCGACAAAGACAUGUUCCAGAUUGGCCGCUCUACUGAAAACAUGAUUGACUUUGUGGUAACAGACACAUCUCCUGGUGGAGGGGCUACAGAGGGCCCUUCUGCCCAAAGUACCAUCUCCCGCUAUGCCUGCAGAAUUCUCUGUGACCGCCGGCCACCCUAUACUGCCCGAAUCUACGCUGCUGGCUUUGAUGCCUCUAGCAACAUCUUUCUUGGAGAGCGGGCAGCCAAAUGGAGGACUCCGGAUGGUCUGAUGGACGGCUUGACAACCAAUGGGGUUCUGGUGAUGCACCCAGCAGGUGGCUUCUCCGAGGACUCUGCCCCAGGUGUCUGGAGGGAGAUUUCUGUCUGCGGGAAUGUGUACACGCUGCGGGAUAGCCGAUCAGCUCAGCAGCGGGGGAAGCUGGUGGAAAACGAAUCCAACGUCCUGCAAGACGGUUCGCUCAUCGACCUGUGUGGGGCCACACUGUUGUGGCGCACUCCGGCUGGGUUGCUGAGGGCACCCACACUGAAACAACUAGAGGCCCAGCGACAGGAGGCCAACGCAGCACGGCCCCAGUGCCCCGUGGGCCUUAGCACCUUGGCCUUCCCCAGCCCAGCCCGUGGCCGCACAGCACCCGACAAACAGCAACCCUGGGUCUACGUCCGUUGUGGUCAUGUCCAUGGCUAUCACGGCUGGGGCUGCCGGAGGGAACAAGGCCCCCAGGAGCGAGAGUGUCCUCUCUGCCGCCUUGUGGGACCCUAUGUGCCCCUGUGGCUCGGUCAGGAGGCCGGUCUCUGCCUGGACCCUGGGCCACCCAGCCACGCUUUUGCACCCUGUGGCCACGUCUGUUCUGAGAAGACUGCCCGCUACUGGGCUCAGACACCGCUGCCGCACGGCACCCAUGCUUUCCACGCUGCCUGCCCCUUCUGUGGAGCUUGGCUCACCGGUGAGCUUGGCUGUGUCCGCCUCAUUUUCCAGGGGCCACUGGACUAGGCUCUCCGGGACCCUUGCUGCCAUGCUCGCCUGCCCACCCAGGUCCCCCAUCUCCUGCUGUUCAGAGGGAGCUCUGCAUGUGGGACUCUGCCUGCUGGCAAUAACCACGCCAGUUGGAAGCAUUGGAUGGGCUGUGGCCCUCCCCUCGGCUCUCGCCUCUCAGAGGGUCACUGAGAUCUCGAUCCCAGGCAUACUGAUAGGGACUUUAGCACCAGCUCUGCCCCAGGCUGAUGGAGGGCACCCCAUGCCUCUGCCCUCCCUGGAGUACCCUACAUCAUGCCGCAUACACUGUGCCCCUGGGGGAAUGAAGGGGCCAUGGCCCCCGACCUCCAGCUUAGACUGGUUGUGCCCUGAACCUGCCAAUGCAGGAACAGCUAUUCCUCCCUCCUGCUGCUGCUGCCGUGGGUUACUCUAUAAACCUUGCUGCUCAGCUGCCCUUAAAGAUCCACGUGUCCCGAAUGCAUGCAAUACCUCCAGCCCCUAGUGAGUAAGUAACAAGUGGGCAGGCAGGCAGGCUGAGAUCAGCUUUUGCUGACUUCCAGUACAGGCAGGAUAGUGACAAGUGGGGGACACAUGGACAGUCAGGCUCUCUACCUAGUGGAGGGUGGACAGCUUCAUGUUUGUUUGGAUCGGGGAAUUCUAGGGCUUGGGAGCAGCCCUUGCUGGGUUUGGGAAAGUAAGAGGCUUCAUGGAGGUGGGUAAAACAGGAGCUCAGCCUCCAUGGUGGCUUGGAAUCUUACAGGCCCACAAGGUAAGGGGUCUGUACCCUCUUCGCGUAGGUUCAGGGUAAAGAAGCAGGGGUGGAGAAACAGAUUAAGGGGAGCACGGGGUGUGGCUAUGCAUAAUGGUGAAUUCAGACCCUCAUUUAUGGGCAGCUCAUUGCUCCCCAGCACCGUCUCUGAAACAAGGGCUACCACUGCUGAAUGUUCACUGCGUGCCCCACCCAGCCUAACAGGAACCACAGCUGCAUCCACGGCACCAGGGCUCUGCUUCCCCAAGAUGUUGUUAUUUAAUCCAGUGAUCUGGGAAAGGAGAUUGGCCCUACUUGGGUUCUUAGAGCGAGAAUUAUAACCUAGCUGGAAGCUGUUAUUGAAAGCCACAACCGCCCCUCUCAGAUCAUACUAAGGCUGGGCAAGACCGAGGCAAGGCAGGUUAGGGUCUGUUUCCUGGGAAAGCUGAGAAACAGAGAGAUAGCUAUCCACUCAACCAGUGCCUAGGGUCAUAAGAGCCCCGGCGAUGAGCAAGGGCUUCCGGUCAGAGGAGGGACCUAGGGGACUAUUGCCAGACUAGGAUUACAACAUCCUGCUGGCCAUCUGUACCUGCUGGGGUUGCUGUGCGAAUGAAUGGCAGACACUGUAGAGAUAGGAUGGAGUAUGGAGGGCAGCCUGGGUGAGGGAACUAACAUAAGACGGCAGGGAGAAGGCUUCACAGCCAACAUGCAGGUCAGCAGAAAAAAGGAGAAGGGACCAGGGUUAGGCUGGGACCUGGUGGGCCUUGGUGACUAUGAGAGUGAAGUUAGUGAUGAGUCCCUCCCUGUGCCUCCUGUGUGAGCCAGGGCUUCCUUUGAGCCAAGGGCUAAGAUGGGGUUUUCCCCUGACCAUACAAGGAAAACUAAACCAGGAAAACUGGUAGACAAAAUAGAGAGGGGAAAAAAAGGAAGUGGCUCUGAGUGUAGGACUGAUGUCCUUAGAGCAAGACAGAAGCCAGAGCCUCAGGGAGACGAAGAUUCCACAGGAGUGUACCUAAAGCCACACAGCUGCUGGUUGAGGCCAUAAAGACCAGAUGGGCUGUUGAUAGGGAGCCACCAAAGGGUAGUCAAAGUGUCAUAUGGCUACAGUGCGAAGCAUGGCAGAACUGUUGGGGAUAUUUCAACCCUUCCACGAAACACUGGAAAUGGAACUCUACCCAGUUCUUGCUAACAAUCAUGUUGGGGUCCAGGCACGGGAACACAUUCCGAUCUCAUUUCUGGUGUUGAAUCUCAGACUCUGGGAGAAAGAACCAACAAAACGUACUUGACUGGGCUCUAGGAAGAACUCAGGCUGGUGGUAGAAGCCAGAGCUCGGAGCUUCAGAUUCCAGGAUUGUUCAAUGGAAUGACAAUCUCUAAAGCCAAGCAUGGUGGCAUGUGCUGGUAAUUCCAGCGUUUUGGUAGGCUUUAAGGAAGGAGGGCUGUGUUCAAUGCUAGCCUGGGCUACAUGGCAAGACCCUGUCUCAAACAAACAAAAACAAAAAGUAUUUUCAUUACCAGAUGGAUGCAAACGUACAGAAAAGCCAUGACCCAUUAAAACAGAAUGUGGGGUGUGUGUGUGUGUGCGUGUGAGAGAGAGGUGGGGGGAAGAGAGAAUAUGUGUGAGUGAGAGAAAGAAGGAGAGAGAGAAUGUGUGUGUGAAAAAGAGAGAGGAGAAAGAGAAGGAGAGAGAGAGAGAGAGAAAAUGUGUGUUGUGUGUGUGUUGCUGCAGGAGUGGAAACUGUAUAGUGGAAGGUCUUAUAAAAUCAAAGGUCCUCUCACCUGUGCAAUUGGUACAACAGUGAUAUGUUAUCUCAGGGUUUUUGCAAGAAUUAAAUGAAAUUCUAUAUGGCAA